AUGUAUGUUCCUUUCCGCUCCCUUUCCCCCUUAUACCCCAAACUAGCAACGUCACGCGUGUCUCAUCUUCCCCGCUCUCCCCUAAUUUUCACCGCCCUCUCCUCAUCGUUUCCGCUCUCCCUCUCCCCGCUUUCCGCUCUCCCAUCAUCAUCCCUGCUCUCCCCUCAUCUCGCCCGCUCUCCCCUCAUCUUACCCUCUCACCCCCCAUCUUCCCCUCUCUCUUCCCAUCUUACCCUCUCUCCCCCCGUCUUCCCCUCUCUCUUCCCAUCUUACCCUCUCUCCCCCCGUCUUCCCCUCUCUCUUCCCAUCUUCCCCUCUCUCCCCCCAUCUUACCCUCUCUCUCCCCCCGUCUUCCUCUCUCUCCCCUCAUCUUCCCCUCUCUUCCCCCAUCUUUCCCUCUUUUCCCCCAUCUUCUAUCUCCCCAUCUUCCCCUCACUCCGCCCAUCUUCAACUCUCUCCCCAUCUUCCUUUCUCUCCCAUCUUCCCCUCUCUCCCAUCUUCCCCUCUCUCCCCAUCUUACCCUCUCUGCCCCCUCUGCCCCCCCCCCCCCCCCCCCCCCCCCCCCAAGCCCCCCCCUCAAAUCCCUGCCGCGCUCUGUUGUUCUCCUUUUGCACCUACCCUCAUCUCCGCUCCACUCACCCCUCGUUCCCCCUCUCCCCCUCCUCCCCUCUUCCCUUUUCUGACUCGACCCUCAUCUGCUCCCCUCACACAUACCUCAUCUUUCCCCUGCUCAUGCCUCCUCUCCCUCCCCAUCCACCCCUCAUCUCCCUCCCCUCCCCUACCACCGCCCCCCCCAUCACCCCUCUCUCCCUCACCUCCUCCCUCCUCCCCACUAUCUAUCCACCUAUCCUCCUUGGCCAACUUUCCCCCACUCGUCCCUCCUCUGUCCCCAUUCAUUCACUCCUCAUUCCCCCCUCCUCCUGUGUGUCUGGUCUGGUAGGUGACUUCAUUUGA